AGUGGAUAGAAAGCCGAAGAAGGGGUCAGAAAUUUGGUAAUUAUAAUUAGUUUGGUUGUAGUUACUGGUGGGAAUUAAUGUACUAAUUAGCUAUUUAAUUAACUGCAAGAUAAUUGUGAACCUAACUAACAAAGUGAAAGACCAUAGACGUGAUGGGCUUAACAAAGCUGAUCCUGUACCUGACCAUGUGUGGUGUUUAUGCCCUGAGCAAACCAACCGAAAAGAAGGAUCGUACCUUCCAUGAGAAAGAACUGAGUGACAAGGUGCAUGAUGAUUCUGAGAACUUUGAAUAUGACCACGAUGCCUUCCUUGGGGCUGAGGAGGCAAAGACAUUUGAUCAGCUCACUCCUGAGGAAAGCAAAGAAAGGCUUGGAAUGAUAGUAGAUAAAAUAGAUGAGGAUAAGGACGGAUUUGUGACGGAGGCAGAGCUGAAGGCUUGGAUAAAGCGGGCUCAGAAGAGAUACAUCUUCGAGAAUGUUGGGCGCCAGUGGCCAGAUUUCGACAGUAACCAGGAUGGGCUUGUCUCCUGGGAGGAAUACAGAAACGUAACAUACGGCUACUACCUGGAUGACGUGGAUGCUGACGAUGGCUACAACUAUAAACAGAUGAUGAUAAGAGAUGAACGCAGGUUCAAAAAGGCUGACCAGAAUGGUGACCUGUUUGCUACAAAAGAGGAGUUCACUGCCUUCCUGCAUCCAGAGGAAUAUGAUCAUAUGAAAGACAUUGUUGUGCUGGAAACCAUGGAAGACAUUGAUAAGAAUGGAGAUGGCUUUAUUGAUUUGGAGGAGUAUAUUGGUGAUAUGUACACUGCAGACAGUGAUGGCCAUGAGCCAGAGUGGGUAAAAACCGAGCGUGAGCAAUUCACGGAGUUCAGAGAUCGCAACAAAGAUGGCAAAAUGGACAAGGAUGAAACCAAAGACUGGAUCCUGCCAGCUGACUAUGAUCAUGCUGAGGCAGAAGCCCGACAUCUUGUCUAUGAAUCUGAUGAAAACAAGGAUGGAAAACUCACCAAAGAAGAAAUAGUCAAAAAGUAUGACUUGUUUGUGGGAAGCCAGGCCACAGACUUUGGAGAGGCCUUAGUAAGACAUGAUGAGUUCUGAGUGUGUUGAUAACUACUGUGGAGAACGAACAAGAAUCCAUUCCAUAAAGAAGGGAUAAUUUAUUUUUUACAAUUUGCUGUUUUAACUCGGUGUUCUGUUCUCAGGUUGUUAACUGUGUUCUAUUCAGAAGCAGAGAAGGAGGGUUGGUGGUUGUAAAGAAGCAGCCAUCUUGUGCCUAGAGAGUGAUGUGUAAUUACUGGUAUAUAUUUCCCAUGUAUGUGUAGAUUCCUAACUACAUUUAUUUUUAUAUUUUUUUUCUUCUUUUGAUUGGAUUUCUGUUAUCCCAUGCAGCAUCCAUUUAACUUCCAGGAAGCUCCAUGGCCUGGUUUAUAACAACAGUUCAAAAAAGUUGCUUAUGCAUGAAGUUCAAGAAAUGCUUAGAUUAUGGAAGCAUUUUUUUGGUCAGGUCAUUUGUUACCUGUCUUAAGAGGGGUUUGUUUGUACAAUUGCCAUUUUGGAAUUCAAACAUAUGUGUGGACAAAUACUGAGAGCCAGAUACACCCUCAAUAAAUUACCUUGGUCAUCUGUUGCAUUUGUGUUCUACAGCAUUCUACUAUACUGUAAUAUACUGCCACAAAGUGAAAAAGAAUUUAAUUAUGCUAUUCACAUGAAAUUGGAGAAGAGAAGUUGAUCUAUGGCUGCAGCACCAUGACUAAACAUCCUUGGCCCCUUGAACCACUAUGUAAUUCCCUGUCCAGGAGAUCUGAUAUCCAAGAAUCAUUGAUGAAGACACAUUCCUUUUAUAUAAUACAGUCUCUUCCCAGUCAAGAAUCAGUUACGCUCCCUCCUGGAAAGCAUAAUAAAUGUAUGUAGUAUUGAUCAUGUUAAUAUGCAUUAAUAGCUGUUAUGUACUUUUUUUUUGUUCCCUAUCUCUCUCAGCCUUUCACUGGUCUCAGCUGCCAUCUGUAGGUUAAAAUGUAACAGUAUUUAGAAAUAAGCAGCAGUAUAUUUUGUUUUUUUUUAACCCAACUGGCAAUCAGUUAAAGGCAGGUUAAUCUCCUCACUGUGAUGAGGGUAGGUGUGGCAUUCUGCUGAUCAUUAAACUAACUGGGCAUCCUUUGUUAGAAUUCUAUCUCUGUGAAGGUUAACAUGAAAUGUUGCUCUAACUUUGGUCAUUUUUUUAAUCCUAUAUUUACCAUCUUGUGUUUUGAGGAGAAAUAUAUAUUUGGAGAGUUUUAAUAUAAACAUUCAUGGAAGUUACAUACUAUUUUAAAAAGAAGCCUGCAUUCAGUCACUAAGUCAAUUCAGUGUUAUAUUUGUACAUAUAAUGAGACGUGUAGUUGAUUUUUCUUAUUACUAAUGCAUUUAUGUGUACAUGAGGAAUGUAUUCUUGUAGUCCAUUUCCUUGGCUGAGAAGAGUAAAUUUGGAAAUAACCAACAGACCAGACAACAUUUAUGUGGAAAGUGACAGAAUUAAUGUUUCAAGUGAAUGACCUUUCCCAUUUGAGCAGGAAAUCAAAAGUUGACUAAUAUUGACAGUGUUUUUGACUAAGUUUUCGUAUAGUUGCGGUUAUGAUUUGCAUUUUUUGCAUUUGACUAAAUUAACGUUCUAAAGCGCGUGGUGUAGUGCUGUUUAGCGUUGAGACACAAAUGUUGUAAAUUCUUCCAUUCGUAUUCAUAGUUUGUGGGGACAAAGGAAGGAAAUAUGCAUCAAAACUACUGCACAGUGUUUAACAGCUGUGAAUUUGACUUUUAACACAGUGGUAUGGUUAGCCUGCAGCUGCAGAGACAUGUGGUUAAAGUUCUAAGUAUCUAUGGUGUUGAAAACCACACUCAAUGCUUGGAAUAGCCAUAGUCUGACUGACUUCUUCCCACUUCAAUUUGUCGAACUGCUCUGAACAGUAUUCAUACACUAUUUAAUGAAUUAUGGGAUUCCUUCCUUGACUUAGCAGCAUUCAAAAGUAAGCUCGCUGCCUUUUGUAUACAAUGAGAUCUAUUGUCAGUAACAUUUGCAUCCAAAAUAUUAAUGUCUUUCUAAGCUAUUAAGUUUAAGAUGCAUAAUUUCUUUCUUUGCUUUGCUUUUUGUUCCAUCUAUAAGCAUGAGCAAUUUUUUGAAGCGUAUGCUGUGCUGCAUUAUGUUCUGUGCCCAAAUCCUCCUCCAAUGUAAUGAUCUAACCUUGAUUAUUUGGAAAUGAAACACCAAAACUGAUGCUGAUUGAGGGAUAACCCAUGACCUCCAGUUAAGUGCCCAACACAGCACUGGAUAGUCUCCUAAUUUCAUUUAAGCUGUUGGGACAAAUCAGAUUCAUGUUCAACAGCCAUACAACUUUUUUUCCUGCCCUGUCAACUGAUGGUAAAUAUUGACUUCUAAUCUAAAUCUAUUUGGACACUUGAAGAGUUGAUCAUUGUGGCAUCUAAUUGUCAAUUGCAUUUCACUUCACAUUGAGCUCAAUGAAUAAUUAGGAGAGCAGCCAGACUCUGAAAUCUUUUGUAAUAAUGACAAUCAGAUUGGAUGUCAUCUCCUUGGGUGAUUGACAUGAGAUUUGAAGUUGUUUGUACAAGUCCAUCCUCCCUUGUGCUGUAAUACAGCAGUUUUGAUUCUUCCCCAGGUCCUGUUUCUAACCAGACAGCUGAUUUUUUUUUUCCCCCUCAGUAAAUAUUUGAUUUUUUUUUCAAAACUUGCUUUGCUUUACAGUUCUUCAAAGAAUAUUCUUUGAAACAGGAUAUAACUGGGCAACAACAUAUUUACAGACAAGAAUCUAAUCAAGGGGUUUGUGUAUUAAAGUACGUGAGUGAGUUAUAUGCUAGACUAACAUAAUUCUGAGCGACUUCGAUUUGGAGUCUAAUUGAGGACUUCAAAAGGAUACCUGAGUUGUAAUAAUUAACUUCAGUAGAGUAGAUUUGUAAUUUCAUCGUUCUGCUUUUACACCAGUAGCCCCACUAUCUUGGUAAGUGACUAAAACCUCCUCCUCCCACCCUCAGAAGUCUCUGUGACUUGGCCAACUACCCUGCCAUGCAAAUUCACAAGUGGAUUCAAUUGUUUUCUUGUUGGAGGUGAAGUUAAUAGGUUUCAUUUAGAUUUAGAUUUAGGAACCCUCCAACCACAAGGGAUGAACUCCGAUUUCUCCAGUUUCCUCAUUUCCCCUCCCCAACCUUGUCUCAGUCCCAACCCU